AUGUCAUUUAUAAAAUAAACAUUCAACACUAAUCACUAGUGUCAACAGUGUCUUGAAUUUUUUUCUUAAAUGAUUUGAAUGCACGGCAUUCGGCACUUAUAUCGUUCGUUUGUGUCAACGGCGAUAAUGUCAUCGAAAAAACAAGCGAAUAGCAAAAAAUCGUCGGGAAAGACGACGGCAACGAAUACAGAUAAUAAUAAACCUGCAACUGUUGGUGCGGUUAGUGUGAAUAAAGCCGGCGAAAUUGUUUUGCGUAUACAUGCCAAACCGGGUGCCAAACAGAAUGGUAUCACUGAUCUGUCGGCCGAAGCGAUUGGCGUCCAAAUUGCAGCGCCUCCAGUUGAUGGUGAAGCCAAUUCUGAACUGGUCAAAUAUAUGUCAAAGGUGUUGCAAUUGCGAAAGAGUGAUGUUAGCCUUGACCGAGGAUCAAAAUCAAGAGAAAAAGUAUUGCUAGUCGGUAAAAAUACAAUCGACAUCGAUCGAGCCACACAACUCAUCAAAACGGAAUGUGAAAAUGGAUAAUGAUUUUAGUGAAUAGAAAAACAUCAUUCAUAAAUCAUAAAUUGUAAAUUUUUUCUUUUCAAAUUUUUUUUCUCUAUACAUUGUCCAUAGUCGAUUCGAAUCUAAAACGAAAAUUAAAUAAAUGAUUUUAAAUAAUGAAAAAAUUAA